AUGCCUGAAGUUAAGGACGACGGAUUGUCGUUGUUGUUGAGGACUUCAGAAGGCAGCUUGGGCGGGCAGACCCAAGUGACAACACAACGUGUAUCACGGGCAAGACCGGCGGCAGUGGAUUCAUCAUCAUUGGACGGGCAACAAAGUGUAGUUACAUGUGAACGUGCAAACCGCACAACUGUGACGGAUAAUAUGUUAAAAGCAUUUUGGGAAAUGGAAAGCGAUCCACAGAUAGAAGCAAAAAUCGUGUCGGAGGAAGAAGAACGUCUACCACGCGGCGUGAUGAAACUGGGCGUUAUAUUGUUAGAUUACAUUUUAGGAAUAAGCCACCUUGUUUAA